AUGGAGGUCAUGAGAUACAUAAAAGGAGUGGAUGGACUUCAACCUUUCAAAGUUCGUGGUAUCAUUUACACUACGAACUAUGAUGUUGAUGAAUAUGGAAUUCAAGUUAUACCGUUCGUUGCAACACCAGGAGAUUUGGAUUUCGGUAACAACGCAAAUAGACUAAGGACUGAAGAAGAACUUCGCCGAAUUGUGGCGCUUCCUCCAACUAGUCAAGAUAUCCUGGCUAACACGGAUCUCAAAGACUUGGAAAUGAAAAAAAAUAACGUCGAAUCGCCAUACACUCAUUUCAUUCAUCUCACAAAAUUUUAUCGUUUAGGAUACGAUAUAAUUAUAGAAAAGAAAUUUCUGGGUGGGAGACAAAAAGGUGGCCCAAUAAAAAUCAAGAAUCUUCACCUGAGCUGUAGAAGUAAAUAUCUGAGACUUCCGACUUGUCUGGAUCUGGAGGUGCAACAUCUUUUUGUUAGAAAUAACAGAAAUGGUAUAUCAAUUAUUCGACCUCUGUUAGCUCCACAUUGGAGUUCCUUGGAAUCUAUUACAGUAGAAAAACUCGAAAACCGGGAUAGCGAAAUCCUCAGCUCAAUUGGUACCGUGGGAGUUGAUGGGCUCCCCGAUUGGAGUGCAGAACUUCCGUAUCGUAGGAUGAAAUUUUCACAAUCGAGAUUUGAUAAACUAAAUUACAUACUUAUUGCAAAAAAUUUGAAAGUUGCACAGCCAAGUGUUGGAGCACAUUAUACGUUCAUUAUUUGGGAGGCAGGACUUGAAGAGGUCAUGGAAAUGAUGAAAGCAGACGACGACUUCGAAAACGGGCAAUUGCAGGCAAGCAAAGUUACCAAGUAUCAAGAAUGUUUCAUUUUACGAAUCAACAAUCAUUCGGAAGUUCUAAUCUAUUUCAGUUUUAAUCCAACCAGGAACUACGCUUCAUUUAGAUAUACAUUGGAAAUGGAAGUUCAACCACGUGUUGAGACGCUUCGUAAUUGA